CACUCUGCUCCCGCUCCUCGCCUCACUCAAACGCAUCAAACACACAGCUCAAACAAGCCAAGAACAUCUCUCGUUUCUUGUUCAAAUCCAGCUUCCAUACAUCACACAGACGCGUGCAGUUGAUCAAGGCAUCUGCAAUGGGCGAACUCAUCCCAGGGUUGCCGGAGGAGGUGGCGAGGGAGUGCCUCGUCCGGGUGGGCUUCGACCAGCUGCCGGUGGUCCGACGCAUCUCGCGGCAGUGGAAGUCGGAGGUGGAGUCGCCAGACUACCACCGCCAGCGCAGAGCGGAGGGGCUGACGCGGCCCGUGCUCGCCCUCGUCCAGGCCCAGCCAACGGCGCCGGCUGAUGCCUCAGGCCCAGUGCACAAGCACUCGUCGGCGGCCGCUUCAGGAGGCGCGGAGAACUCCUACCGGGUGGUGCUGCUUGAUCCAGUGGAGGGACGGUGGGUGCCGCUGCCGACCCUGCCCGGCCCGAAGGAGAACCUACCUCUGUUCUGCCAGGUCGCCGCCGUGGACGGCGGGCAGGGCAGGAAGCGGCUCGUGGUCGUCGGCGGCUGGGACCCGGAGACGUGGGCGCCCAUGAACUCGGUGUUCGUCUACGACUUCUUGACGGGCGCGUGGCGGCGCGGGGCGCCCAUGCCCGGCCCGCGCCGGUCGUUCUUCGCCUGCGCGGCCGUCGGCAGGGCCGUGUACGUCGCCGGCGGCCACGACGAGGAGAAGAACGCGUUGCGGUCGGCGCUGGCGUACGCCCCGGACGCUGACGCGUGGACCCAGCUCCCGGACAUGGAGGCGGAGCGCGACGAACCGCGCGGGCUCUGCGUCGGCGGUAGGUUCCUGGUCGUCGGCGGGUACCCGACGGAAGCCCAGGGGCGGUUCACCAGCUCCGCCGAGGCGUUCGAUCUGGAGACCUCGACCUGGGCCCUCCAGGAAGGCCUGCUCGAGGACGGCGCGUGCCCCAGGACCUGCUGCGCCGCGCCAGGGACAGAGCGCAUGUACAUGCUCCGCGACGGGCACCUCGUGGCGCGCGACGGCGGUGCAGCGUGGCGACCGGUGGCGCAGGUGCCGGAGGACGCCCGCACCGCGGCGGUCGUCUCUGCCAUCCCUGACGGCCGUCUCGUGGUCAUCGGCUCCGGGUGCCACGGCGGCGACCAGACCGUGUACGUGCUUCGCGAGGAGGCAGGGAAGGGCGCGUCCUGGGCGCGCGGACCGGCGCCGCCCGAGUUCUCCGGGCACGUUCAGGCCUCCUGCUUCCUCGAAAUCUGAACUUUACAUAUCCAUAUAACAAGAACUACAUAUUUAAUGGAGUAAUGUGCUACAAAUGUAUGAGAAGUGAGUAAAGAAUCAAUGGUGGUUUUCAUGGUUUUUGUUUAA